GGGUGGCCAGUCCCGAAGGACGUAGGGACGCAGGCCAGAGUGGCCGGCCCACACACGGACAGCAGCGAACCCGAGCUAUGACGACCAACCCCCAGGAUGGCAGAAGCGCACCAAGCCGUGGCCUUCCAGUUCACGGUGACCCCAGAAGGGGUCGACUUCCGGCUCAGUCGGGAAGCCCUGAAACACAUCUACCUGUCCGGGAUCAACUCCUGGAAGAAACGCCUGAUCCGCAUCAAGAAUGGCAUCCUUAGGGGUGUGUACCCUGGCAGCCCCACCAGCUGGCUGGUCGUCGUCAUGGCAACAGUGGGUUCUUCCUACUGCAACGUGGACGUCUCCUUGGGGCUGGUCGGUUGCAUCCAGAGAUGCCUCCCUCAAGGGUGUGGUCCCUACCAGACCCCACAGACCAGGGCACUUCUCAGCAUGGCCAUCUUCUCCACUGGGAUCUGGGUGACAGGCAUCUUCUUCUUCCGCCAAACCUUGAAGCUGCUUCUUUCCUACCACGGGUGGAUGUUUGAGAUGCACGGCAAGACCAGCCACUUCACCAAGAUCUGGGCUGUCUGUGUCCGCCUUCUGUCCAGCCGGCGGCCCAUGCUCUACAGCUUCCAGACGUCUCUGCCUAAGCUGCCCGUGCCUGGCGUGACCACCACAAUUCGGCGGUACCUAGAAUCUGUGCGCCCCUUGUUGGACGAUGAGGAAUACUACCGCAUGGAGACACUGGCCAAAGAAUUCCAGGACAAGACUGCCCCCAGGCUGCAGAAAUACCUAGUACUCAAGUCGUGGUGGGCCACCAACUAUGUGAGCGACUGGUGGGAAGAGUACAUCUACCUUCGAGGCAGGAGCCCCCUCAUGGUGAACAGCAACUAUUAUGUCAUGGACCUUGUGCUCGUCAAGAACACUGAGGUACAGGCAGCCCGCCUAGGAAAUGUCGUCCAUGCCAUGAUCAUGUAUCGCCGUAAACUAGACCGUGAAGAGAUCAAGCCCGUGAUGGCACUGGGCAUCGUACCUAUGUGCUCCUAUCAGAUGGAGAGGAUGUUCAACACCACUCGAAUCCCAGGGAAGGAGACAGACACGCUGCAGCACCUCUCGGACAGCAGGCAUGUGGUCGUCUACCACAAGGGACGCUUCUUCAAGGUGUGGCUCUAUGAGGGCUCGCGUCUGCUCCAGCCCCGGGACCUGGAGAUGCAGUUCCAGAGGAUCCUGGAUGACCCCUCCCCUCCGCAGCCUGGGGAGGAGAGGCUGGCAGCCCUCACUGCGGGGGGCAGGGUGGAGUGGGCGCAAGCACGCCAGGCCUUCUUCAGCUCUGGCAAGAACAAGGCCGCCCUGGAGGCCAUCGAGCGUGCUGCCUUCCUCGUGGCCCUGGACGAGGAGUCCCACUCCUAUGACCCCGAGGACGAGGCCAGCCUUAGCCUCUAUGGCAAGGCCCUGCUCCAUGGCAACUGCUACAACAGGUGGUUCGACAAGUCCUUCACUCUCAUUUCCUUCAAGAAUGGUCAGCUGGGUCUCAACGCAGAACACGCGUGGGCAGACGCGCCCAUCAUCGGGCACCUGUGGGAGUUUGUCCUGGGCACCGACAGCUUCCACCUGGGCUACACAGAGACUGGGCACUGCAUGGGCAAACCAAACCCUGCGCUGGCACCCCCCCUGCGACUACAGUGGGACAUUUCAAAACAGUGCCAGGCGGUCAUCGAGAGCUCCUACCAGGUGGCUAAGGCUCUGGCAGACGACGUGGAGUUGUACUGCUUCCAGUUCCUGCCCUUUGGCAAAGGCCUCAUCAAGAAGUGCCGAACCAGCCCGGACGCCUUUGUGCAGAUCGCACUGCAGCUGGCUCACUUCCGGGACAGGGGUAAGUUCUGCCUGACCUAUGAGGCCUCCAUGACCAGAAUGUUCCGGGAAGGGCGGACUGAGACCGUGCGUUCCUGUACCAACGAGUCCACAGCCUUUGUGCAGGCCAUGAUGGAGCAGUCCCACAUGAAAGCAGACCUCCAAGAUCUCUUCCGGAAAGCUUCUGAGAAGCACCAGAACAUGUACCGCCUGGCAAUGACAGGGGCAGGGAUCGACAGGCACCUCUUCUGCCUCUACGUGGUUUCCAAGUACCUGGGGGUCAGCUCCCCCUUCCUGGCUGAGGUCCUCUCCGAGCCCUGGCGCCUUUCCACCAGCCAGAUUCCUCAGUCUCAAAUCCGCAUGUUCGACCCAGCCCAGCACCCUGACCACCUGGGCGCUGGAGGUGGCUUUGGCCCUGUGGCAGAUGAUGGCUAUGGGGUUUCCUACAUGAUUGCGGGCGAGAACAUGAUCUUCUUCCAUGUCUCCAGCAAAUUCUCAAGCUCAGAGACAAAUGCCCAGCGCUUUGGGAACCACAUCCGCCAAGCCCUGCUGGACAUCGCCGAUCUCUUCCACAUUCCCAAGGCUGACAACUGAGGGCUGGAGAAAUGCCAGCUGCCCUUUCGUCCCCGUGUUGCGGCGGAAGGGGCCUUGGCCAGCUCGCAGGCAUGAGAGGUGGCCACGCACGGGUGCCCGGGCCCCAAGGACAGCUCUGGCAGCAGGCCCUCCCCAGGCCGAUCCUGCUCCCCGAGGUCCCAGGUGGUACAGGUGGGGCUGGAGCCAGGAGGGAAUUCUGGCUUUUUUUCUUGGCAGAUACCAAUAAAAGUAAGGCUGCAUAAUUCUCUUAGCCCUUACGUACCUGUAUUUUGUUCAGGGGCUGGGAGGCCCUCCCCCUGCCCCAGCUCAGUCCAGAGAGGUGUCAGGGAAGGGCUGGGGCUGGGAGACUGUUCAUGAAAGAGUGUGCCCUGCCUUGAAAUGUGUCUCUGCCGAGUGGCACAGGUUCUGAGACAGCUGUCCACACCCACGUGUGAGCUUGAAUUAAAUUCUUGCUUCAGAGCCUUCA